AGGCACUGGGAUCACAGAGUCAGCACACUAGAACAAAGAAAGAUCAGCAGAAUUUAGAAACCAAAUUUCGACUCUAUACAGACACAACUGAAGAAAGCUGUCAGAUUUUUUUUAAUCAGUUGGAAAGUCUUGACAAAUGCGGCUUCAAUGCCUCUCUUCCUCUGGUGAUGAUAGUCCAUGGCUGGUCGGUAGAUGGGAUUUUAGAAGGUUGGACUUGGAAAAUGGCAGCAGCUCUGAAGACUCAGCAUAAACAAAUUAACGUGAUCAUAGCAGACUGGCUUACAUUUGCCCACCAGCACUAUCCCAUUGCUGUACAGAACACACGCUACAUAGGACAGGAGAUAGCAGACUUCCUGGAAUGGCUAGAGGAAUCUGUUCAAUUUUCCAGAAGUAAUGCUCAUCUAAUUGGGUACAGCCUAGGAGCUCACGUUUCAGGAUUUGCUGGAAGUUAUAUCAGCGGUACGAACAAGAUUGGAAGAAUUACAGGCCUUGACCCCGCCGGUCCCUUGUUUGAAGGAAUGUCACCAACAGACCGUUUAUCUCCAGAUGAUGCAAACUUCGUCGACGCAAUCCAUACGUUCACUAAACAGCACAUGGGUCUCAGUGUUGGCAUCAAGCAGCCUGUGGCUCAUUUCGACUUUUACCCCAACGGAGGCACCUUUCAGCCUGGUUGUCACAUCAUGCACGUGUAUAACCACAUUGCACAAUACGGAAUCACUGGCAUCACUCAAACAGUGAAAUGUGCCCACGAGAGGUCAGUUCAUUUGUUCAUCGACUCUUUGCUUCACAAUGAUAAGCAAAGCACAGCGUACUGGUGUAACGACAUCAACACUUUCAACAAAGGGAUGUGCCUCAGCUGUAGAAAGAACCGGUGCAACACCCUGGGCUACAACAUCAGGGAGGAAAGGCUUCCAAAAAGUAGACGACUCUUCCUGAAAACAAGAGCACAUAUGCCUUUCAAAGUCUAUCAUUAUCAGUUCAAGAUCCACUUCAUCAAUGAAAUCCAAGGCAAGCAGACAGACCCAACUUUUACCAUCUCUCUGACAGGCACUAAGGAGGAUGCUAAAAACCUGCCCAUCACACUACUUGAAGGUAUUAAUGGGAAUAAAACCUACUCUUUUCUCAUCACCCUGGACACUGAUAUUGGUGAGCUAAUAAUGAUUAAGUUCAAAUGGGAAGGAACUGCAGUUUGGGAAAAUAUCUGGGACACAGUUCAAACCAUAAUACCAUGGACAAAAGGAACCCGUCGACCAGGACUUAUAGUGAAGACAAUAAGAGUGAAAGCAGGGGAAACACAGCAAAAAAUGAGCUUUUGUUCUCAAAGCAUUGACAACCUUCACCUCCAUCCAGCCCAAGAGAAAACGUUUGUGAGGUGCGAGGAUCGCUUUCGGAGACAAAACAGAAAAUGAGCAAGAA